AUGGCUGGUGGCUCAGUUGCUGAUCUGAUUCAACCAAACCAGCCACUGGAUGAAGUUUCAAUAGCUUGUAUUUUACGAGAUUUGCUCCAUGCAAUUGACUACCUCCACAGUGAGGGGAAAAUUCAUCGAGAUAUCAAAGCGGCAAACAUUUUGUUGACUGAGAAUGGCGAUGUUAAGGUUGCAGAUUUUGGCGUUUCUGCUCAACUAACACGAACUAUAUCGAGAAGGAAGACUUUUGUAGGAACACCAUUCUGGAUGGCCCCAGAAGUAAUUCAAAACUCGGACGGAUACAAUGAGAAGGCAGAUAUUUGGUCUUUGGGAAUAACUGUUAUUGAGAUGGCAAAAGGAGAACCUCCACUUGCAGACCUUCAUCCUAUGAGAGUGCUUUUCAUUAUUCCCCGAGAGAAUCCGCCACAGCUAGACGAGCAUUUUUCUCGUCCAAUUAAAGAAUUUGUGUCAUUGUGUUUGAAGAAGAAUCCAGCCGAGAGGCCGAGUGCAAAAGAGCUUCUUAAGCAUCGGUUUAUCAGAAAUGCUAGGAAGAGUCCAAGGCUUCUCGAAAAAAUCAGGGAUCGCCCCAAGUUCCUUAACGAUGGAGAGGCAACUAAUAAUGGCCCAACUGCAGUUGGGGAAGCUUCCGGAACAGUUAAAGUGACUAAAGAUUCUGCAGCAGAAAACACCGUUCGGGCCAGUCUGAAGAAUACUGGAUGGGACUUCAGUAUUGGUGGAUCGACCGGGACUGGAACUGUACGAAGUAUAGUAAAGCCUCCUCAGAUGCGGAAUAGAAAACCCGAGCUCCCAUUGAAUCAAUCCACACCCGAGAAACUUUCGGCACAUACUUCAUCAGAGUUGAGGAAAGAUGCUAACUUUACAAUGAAGCUGGAUAAAUAUGAUGAAGAUGAAGAUAUCACUGGGACAGGGACAGUAGUGAUACGAUCACCAAGAGCAACUCGGCCUUCUUCUCCAUUUAGCAACCAAAAUUUCACGUCUAGCAGCACACUCGCCUCUAGUGAAGAUACUUCCAUCAGUGGCACUGUUGUUUAUCGUGUUCCGAAUGAAGAUUCGGGUUCUCCUAGAACUGCAAAAUCGAGGCUGGGACUUCAAGAGAGAACUUUUAGUGCGGUUCUUGAAGAUAGUGAAGCAAAUCUUGCUGAGGCAAAGGCUGCAAUACAAGGGGGCAGAAAAGGAAAUAUGAGGGAAAGGUCUGCAUUUAGCAAGAGAGAUGCUGAGGAGAGUAGAAACGAACAAGCAACGACUAGCUCUGGUUCAUCAAGCUAUUCUCGUGAUUAUUUUGAUGCACAAAAAGCAUUUCCAAGAUCACACCACAAAAGUAAUGAGGAAGAUGAUGAUGCUGCAAGGAAUUCUGCAGCGGCUCUCUCUGCCCCAUUAUCGGUUCUUCUAAUUCCUUCUCUUAAAGAUGCUAUUACUAAUGAUUCCGAAGGAUCAGUAUAUCAGACAGUAGCCAACUCGUUAAUGGACAUGGAACGUUAUAAUCCUGGUUCCUCCGAACUUUUUGUCACCAAGUUACUUCAACGUCUGGCCAGCUCAAAGGAAGGGUCUAUGAAGGACCUUCAGGAUCUAGCAGCUCGUUUAUUCGGAAAGGGAAAGAUUGAAGUACCACCGACUAGGCCAGAGGCUGAUAGCAAGAAAAAACAGCAGACUAAGGAGCAUAAUUCAAACUCCAACAUGAGUCCACUGGCAAGAUUCUUGCUCUCGAGAUGGCAAGGCCACGCCUCUCGGGACCUAAAUUCUUGA